UGACAAAUAUUUAGGUGCCACCGGUUUGAUGACGUUUCAUUCAUCUGGCCGGCUAACUCUCACUAUAUAUACAGUUAUUCACCGUAGAGAUCGAAAUAUAUACAGAGUAGAUCUUAAUAACGAGGAAAAAACAUGCAGUGAAGUGGAGAAUAUGCGGAGUCUUCUUUCGCCGGCUAGCCGAUGGGUAACCAUCCAUCAAUGAGGGUUUACGAUUUCCGCCGAUUUCUCGUGCGGCUCGGACGAUGGUGAACGAAGAAACCGGGAACGAAGGGAGCGGAUCAUGCACACGACUCCGCUGGGAACGAUGACGCAGGGGAGCAGUGGUGGUCCUUCGGGUCCGAUCGGACAGAACCAAGGCGACGGAGAGGACCCUUCAGAGUCCGUAGGGGCCGGAACAGUGGAUAAAUUGACAGUGCAAUUCGAGGGAAUUGGAUUGGGCAGCCCGGGGGACGAUUUGCUGCUAGAUGAAGGGGAUGAGGCAGACAUCGACUCUGGCGCGGCGGAAAAAGGGGUGGAAGCAUUCCCCGUGGUUGGCACGAUUUUAACAGAUAAAGUGGUCAGAUUCCAGGCUCUCCGCGAUCUGAUGGCAUCGUUGUGGCGUUGAGUUAGAGGUGUGUUGAUUCAAGAUAUCGGGGAGAAGAGGUAUCAGUUUACAUUUUAUCAUAUAAUUGGCGCGAGAAGCAUCAGACUCCACUGCAAUAUCACGCCACUCUAAAUCUUGCAGCCAGCUUAGAGCCUCUCUAAUUCCGAGCAGCUCGGCUUCCAAUGCGGAACACUGCCCCUGCCAUUUGCGUGCAGCCCCCGCCACGAAAGUACCAUCCUUGUCCCUCAAACACCAGCCUAGCCCGCAGUGAUCAGCUCGGACAGCAGCAUCAACAUUCAGUUUCAUCGUCCCCGCUGCUGGGCGGCUCCAGGAAGUAGCCACCUGCCCCCCCCCCCCCCCGCUGCGAAGCCAACCUUGCGGACAGCCUGCGCUUGGACCCAACUUGCCACCAUCGCCUCAGCCUUGAACAUAAAUUGACACGUCGGAGAAGAAGUAUUCUGCCAGACGCGGCGGUUUCUCUCAUUCCAAAUGGCCCAACAACCCCAAAUCAUCUUCACCAAGUCAUCCUUUCUUCUUGUUUGAAAUUCCUUAUGUACCUGCCCCAGGAAAUCAUUUGCACUAUGAGCAGUCCAUCUCCAGCUCACUGCUUCCCACGCCUCCUUAGCUACUGCACACGACAUAAAAAUAUGGGAUAAAGACUCCCCCGGCCCAUCGCACAAGCCGCACUGCCCAGGACAAAGCACACGGCGUGACUGCAGGUUAUAUCUAGUUGGGAGGCUGCCUGUACAAACCUGCCAGAAGAAAAUUUUAAGCUUUGGAGGAAGUUUCCAAGACCACAUAACCGACCAGUCCUUCUGCUCAGACAAGCUGAAAUCCCCGACUAAGAAACGGUAGCAACUCUUGACUGAGAAACGGCCAUCUUCCUCCCACCUCCAGCACUUCACAUCCGGUACAGAGCGCAUACUGAUGGGAAUAGACUGAACAAGCAAAGCAUCUCUAUCAACUAAAAUAUCCUUGAGAAUGUCAGAAUCCCAAGCACUACCCGAAUUAUCAAAAAGAUUUUCCACAAAGGUGUUUUGAAGUUCCAUGCAAACUGGCGUAACAAGUUUGGGAUUAACUCUGUCGGGUAACCAGGGUUCCUCCCAAAUAUUAAUAGAUUUACCAUUCCCAACCCGUCACUUAUAACCAUUCCGAACCACCUCUUGGGUUUGAUAGAGACUCCUCCAAAUGAACGAAGGGUUGUGACUGAGUUUAGCCGAGAGAAAAUCCCCUUUCGGAAAAUACCGGGCCUUAAAAACUUUAUUGACAAGGGACUCCGGAGCAGUAAAAAUUCUCCAUGCUUGUUUAGUAAGCAUAGCAAGAUUAAAAUCCUUCAGCCUUUUGAAACCCAUGCCACCAUAGUUUUUUGGUCUACUUAAAAAAGCCCAAUCCUUCCAGCGAAUUCCUUUACCCGACUUACCCUUCCACCAAAAGCCAUUCAUAAGAGUUUCAAUUUCUUUACAUAACUCAUCAGGUAGCAAAAAAACAUCCAUUGUGUAGUUUGGCAUGGCUUGAAUCACCGCUUUUAGAAAAACCUCCCUACCCGCCUUGGAAAGAAAUUUAUUAUUCCAACUAUUAAUACGGUUUAGGUUCAUUACAUUCGGUCCGAGUCAGGUUUUUGGUAGCCCGGGUUCGGUUCAGGUUCGGGUUGGGCCGGUUAAAGCCCAAACGUGAAAUAUCUCAUUGUUCUUUUAUAUUUUAACACCUAUUUUCCAAUAAAAUUAAUCAAAAAUACAAACCGCAAAUAAUAACACAAAUAUUAGUCUCCAAAAUCACCAACAAUUCAAAUCCAAAGAAGAUAAUUAUCUUAAUAUUUUAUAUAAGAUGCAUGUAAAUAAAUAAUAUAGGUUUCUCAAAAAUAUUACGAAAUAAAAUUUAUAGAUAAAAAUGUGACUAGAAUUGCGAUAAAUAUAUUUUAUGGUCAUUAUGCUAAACAAAAUUGAACAUAUUUGUCGUCACUAAAAGUUACUAAAUCAUUUUCUACCCACCGUGAUUAUAAUCAUAUAUUAGGAAAUAUUUAUAAAUUUAUAUUCAUAUAUUAUAUUAAUUUUAUAUUAAAGCUAAUUGUUUCGGGUUUUUAUCGGUCCGGGCCGGGUUAUAGAUUUUAAGGCCUGUAAAUGAGCCCGUAAUUUCGGGUUCGGUCCGUUUUUUUAAUUCGGGCCGGUUAAAAAGAAAAAACCCAGACCGGGAUCAUAAUUUGGACCGGGCCAGGGUCGGUUUCCGGGUUUUGGUUCGGUUUUUCCCACCCUUGACCCCAAUCAAGUUAUCAAGUAACCUCCCUCCCUCAUGGGCAGAGCCCUUGGGUAUCGGUAAGACCAAACUUUUAAUUUUCGACGAAUUUUAGAUUGACGUUCUAACAAGUAAAAGUAUACAACUAAUACAUUUCUACUGAGUCCCAAAAAGGGUUGAAGGGGAGUAAAAAGAGUAGAUAUUGGAGCUACUAUACAUUUAAUUAUACUUUUUGGGGUGUAUGGCCCUUGCCCCUACUGGCUUCCUCUCAGGGCUGCCCAUAAAACCUGUUUUAGGGUACAAGGCAAAAUCUUCACAGUUUCUAUGAAAGAGCUCAUACUUUCCGAAUCCAAUGUGAAGCAAAUACAUGGCCUUGUGGAUGUGGAUCACAGUUUCUGCUGGAUCAGAAACUGCAGUGGUUUGCCCUGUGGAGUUUUGCAAGUAAAGCCAAAGAUCUCCGACCAUACUCAAAUCUAUAUAAUGAGCCUUUCCUGAAAAAGCAAUCCAAGCAAGACAUAAACGCUCCACUUUUACUCUUGUGGAAUCCACAUUCAGGAAUGUCCUCAUUUCGGCACGGUGUAGGGCGACUUGAGCUAGAGUUACAAGGCCAUAAGAGACAUGAAGAAGUAACAUCCAUACUGUCUUCUGUGGCUGUAAAAUGGAUCACUUUGUUUCCUCCAAUAUAUAUUCCUACAGAAGCCAUCACACAAUAGUCAAUAGCACAAGAAAUGAAAUCAGAAUAGUGAGUAGUGGUCAAGUAAAAGGUAUUGAAGAAAAGAUUUUGCUACAUGGCUGAACUGAGGAGGAUAUGCACACAUGGUAUAGAACUCAAAUGAUUGAAAACCACAAAGUAUCAAUUUAGGACCUAAAAUUCCAUAUGUUUUGAUUUAUUUAAUUUUUAAUUAAUUCCAUUGCUAAUUUUUUGAAGAAUCUUUCUUCAUAAAAGUUUAUUAGUUUAAUAAAGUUAAAUAAUAACUUAAAAUUUAAAAAUACAAAAAGUAAAGAAAUUCAUGAUAACUUAGGUUCUAGAUUAGAUUUUGGGUCCUAUACUGAUACUAGUGUGGCGGAUCUUGCAACUAAUUAUAGGGUGGUCAAAAUCAUUUUACUUAUCACACAAUAACAUUGUUUGAUCCACCAAUUGAGAAGUGUACCUUUCAACAUUCAAAUCUUAAUAAAUAAGAUUAAAAGAAAGAAAAAUUACAAUAUACUGAGUUAAAUUAUUACACCAAUUCUAUACGUGUAUUUUUACAUUUUGUUUUCAAAAUUUUGGGGGUUCACAUGAACACCCUUGAACAAAUGAGGUCCGCCUGUGCCGAUACACAUUUCAUAUUUCACAUCUCAGAUUGAUAGUUCAUCUAUGUUUCAGUUUCCGAAUCGAUGAAAUUCCUUAAUUUAAAAUUUUUAAAUUGGAAUUUUUGCUUGAAUGUUAUAGAAUACAUAAAUAUUAGGCAUCUAUCAUACUGGAAAAUUUCAAUCCAAUAAAAAAACAUUCUAAAAAAGUGUAGGACAAAGAGAAAACAAAAGAAGUGGCAAUGUGCAUAGACAACAGGAAAGAAAUGUAACAAUGGAGUUGAGGAUAGAGCAAAACCAUGAUGAGCAUAAACAAAGCCGGGUUAGCCGGCUCUCCAAGUGUAGAUAACUAGAUAUGGUCGCCGGCUGCUUAUUCGCUUCUCUCGACUCUGUGACAGGAAACUCAUUCUCUAUCUCCCUCCUUAGCUCUGUCUCUCUAUCCUCCAGUCACCUAACAGAAAUACGAAGUAUAUAUCAAUCGAAACAAAAAAAAGGAGAGCAUCUACUAUUCUACAAUUUCUACUCCGUGUUUAUUUACAAUGCAUGCGUUGAUGUUUUUAUUCUUUCCAUACAAAAUACGGAGUAAUUAAAACGCCCACUGUUGGAAGGAUUAAUUACCCGCUCAGGUAAGCCCAAAGCCGGUCAGCGAAUUAUAUGCUUUUACGGAGGUGAUUAAUUCAGAGUUGGGAAAACUGUCAAAUAGGUCUUCAAACUUUCAUAAAAAAGUCAAUUAAGUCCUUCUAUAGGAGACUCUGUCCGGUCGUCGCGAUUUGGGUCGGUUCCCGGUGUAAUUUUUUCAUGAAAUUUUUUAAGCGUCUUAUUCAUUAAGUCUAGUUUACUCAUACCAAAUUUCAGCUAAAAAU